AUGAAGGUCCUCCCCUCCGCUCUCAUAGCCACCAUCAUGACCAAUCUCGACAUCCGCUCCAUCCAGUCACUCGCAUCCACUUGUAAGACCUUCCGCUCCUGUGCCGCCCACAUCCUGUCUUUCGUCCCCACCUUCCACCUUUUUGAUAUAGCGCCGUUGAUGGAUUUGUUGAGACCUUUGUUACCUUCAAACCCGUACUUGAGGAGCCUAAAGGUGGAUUGCACACGCCUUGAUGAUUCCUCCCUCGAUUUCCUAAUAAGCCCCUCUUUGCCAGAGCUUUGCCUCUACAAUUGCGCCGACUGGUUGUGGAGAACGUAA